AUGGAGGCAGCCGCAAGCAUAAUUGCUUUCCUGCAGGUUGCUCAAGGUAUUGCCAAAUGUACGGUCAAGACCAAGCAGCUAUGGGACCAAGCACAGGACAUACCCGAGGAGAUGCAGUCUCUCAUACUGCGCCUACACAGUUACAAGUCAAUAUUCGAGGUCAUGCACCAACAAUUUCCUAAUCAGGAGUCGUUUUGUUCGUUACCGACGUUCUCGUUAGUACAGGAUAACUUGAGAGCUUCGAUGUCGGCACUUGAGUUGCUUGACGAGAGUGCUGAACACCUUGUCGCAAAGAUAAAUGCAAAGAAAGGGCUGAAGCGGAAGCUUGCUGCUUUCAAAAUAGCAAUUGAGAAGGAAAACUCCGAUCGACUCAUCAAAAGACUGCAUGAUUCUAUAGCUUUGCUCAACCUGUCAUUACAAGCCUGGAAUAUGGCAAUAACGAUAUUAACACCUGAGUUGAUCGCGACUCAGCUCAGCCAAACACUCAAAACUCAUUGCGAAAACAUACAAUCGUGUAAAAGACCUACGAUCGGAGCCGAAGAAGAGAACAAACAGUGUCAUGUAGUCGGCAAAUCAGACGACAACCAACUCUCGGCUAUAUCACGCUAUGCCAAACAGCUCAACAAGAUAUAUGCUCCCUCAAAACUGGGUCGUUUCGCGAUAUCGUAUACCACAGCGACAGGUGCAUGGCAAGCCUAUGUUCAAUGGCCAAGCUGGUUGUCGUCGUCAGUUUAUGAGCUGCAAUCAGCGCCGACUGGAUGUGGCUGGAUGUAUACAUAUCGCGUAUACAACAUUAUUUCGUCUAACUCCGACAUCGUCCAAAGAAUCAAGGAAGGAGAUAAGGCCGGAGUGUUGGAACUUUUCAACAGGCGACAAGCAUCACCGUACGACAAGGACGAGAAUGGAUAUUCUCUCCUUUAUUAUGCUGCAGAUAACAAGAGGUUCGACCUCUGUCAACUGCUACUUAGCAUGGGACUCCGCGAAGCGCUACUGGAACAGGUGGGCAUGAAGAGAGAGAGUCCACUGACGCCAGCGGUAUUCAAGCCUAAUAGGCAUGACCCAGAGGCUGAGUGGAUGAAGAUUGCUGGUCUAUUUCACUCAUAUAUGAACGAACCCGAGACGAACAUGGUUGUUCGUUUGUUCGACUAUCAGAGGGAUUGCGACUAUAGUGAUGAGUAUGUCCGCAUAUUUCGAAAAAGAUUCCUACCAAAUUUUUUCACUGGGCCGCUCAUAAAUCGACUGGAGGCCUUUCGACUUGGCUCAUUCCACUGUCAAUCAUCAAACACGCUCUUCGAGCUUCUCGCACAAGACCAAAAGAUCACCAGUUUUGAUGUGGGCGAGUCGACCCGCAAUGGUUUCUCGCUCGUUCAUUCGGCUGCUGUGGCAUUUGGUAUUCGCUUUGCUGACGAAGCUCUACCAUUCAAGAGAGGGUGGGCCAUGUGGAAUCUUUCUCCCUUUAAUGAUGGAUGGAGCGACGUGGUAGCAAAGGUAGCUUCAGUUGCUACGUUGGAAGAUCUAAGUGCCAUCGAGACGGUGCAGCCUUGGGAUGCAUAUCACGUUCCGGAUUGGAAGGGCUCGCCACUGAUCUCAGUGAUUGGAGGUGCUCUCUGCUACUUGUCACCAGAUAUUGAAUUCUUCCACUGGGACACAGUCAUCCAAGGGUGUAUACAGGAGUGGGUAACGAUACUGCAGCAAAGCGGAGUGGACCUAGUCAUAUAUGGCGAGCAAGAAGCCGUCAAGAUCAGUCAGGAUCUACGAUCAGCGUUUGAUUCGAGCGCCAUCGAGGCGUCAAGAAGUAUGAUACGGAAUUCUAUGUUGCCACGAAGCGCGGAGACGACUUUUCGACGAUGUGAGCGCCGUGGAAGGAAGAGUUGGAAUCACAACCAUUGGGUUCCAAUUCGACUGCUGGAACUCAAGUUUGGACCAGAUCCCAGAGAUUGGAGAAUAGUAUGGGUGCCAGAAUUUGAAUGGAUGGCAAACGAAUUUUGGCAGUUGAUAGAGAAAGAGAGCAUCACAAUGCCUGGGUCAUGGGUCGACGGAUGA